AUGAGGCUGUGGCAGUGGGUGCCUGUGUUGCUGUGGCUGACUGGGCUGGGGGCCAUAGAAACAGCGCCUAGCCCCAAGAGCGCCAAGGCCUCAGCCCGGGACACAGAGUCUCCACUCUUCAUAGACAGACCUGACUUCUUUGAUUACCCAGACUCGGACCAAGCCAGGCUUCUGGCUGUGGCCCAGUUUAUUGGAGAGAGACCUGCCAUCUUCGUUAACUCAGGUUCCAACUCCAGGCUCUUCCAGCACAUCCUGCUGGGCAUUCUGGUGCUGGCCUUCUUCUUCCUGCUCUUCCAGUUCUGCACCCACGUGUAA